AUGUCGAAGACCGUCCACGUCGAUUCUCCCACCCACUUCUCCAGCAUCUUGUCCUCGUCUCGCAUUGUUGUCGCCGACUUCUACGCAGACUGGUGUGGACCAUGCACAGCCAUUGCGCCCGUCUAUGAGGCUCUCAGUAGCCAGCUCUCGCGCCCCGGCCAAAUCACCUUCACCAAGAUCAACGCCGAUGAACAGAAAGACAUUGCCCGAACAUACAAUAUCUCCGCGAUGCCCACAUUCGUCAUUUUCAAGGCGCAGCGAGAAGUCAAGCGCGUGCGAGGUGCAGAUCCAAAGGGGUUGGAUGCUGCCGUGAAGCAGCUGGCGGAAGAGGCAGGGCGAGCAGACGAAGGAGGUGCAGAUGCUGGCGAGGGAUCGAGUAGUGCUGGGAAGUGGACUGGCGCAGCAGCACCAAGAGGCUAUCCGGAAGUCACGGAAGAGGUCGAGAUCAAGGGUCUGGAUUUCCUGAACCUGGAUGGAGAAGUAGGAGACAAGCGCACCAUCUUCGCCCCAGAGCAGCCAUCAUCACUAAACGCAAAGGGCAAGAGCGCGGAAGGCAAGAAGGAUUGGAUUGAAUCGGACACAGAUGAGCAGCUCAUGCUCUACAUCCCAUUUCAAGGCACACUCAAGCUCCACAGCUUACACAUUACAUCGAUACCGCCUGCCGACGAUGACGAUGUCAUGCGACCAAAGACAUUGCACCUCUACAGCAACCGCAGCCAUGUGCUCGGGUUCGACGAGGCAGACGAUACGCCCGCGACCCAGACUGUCGAGAUCAAGGAAGACCAGUGGGAUGCGAAGACACAAACGGCCAAGGUGGAGCUACGGUUCGUCAAGUUCCAGAACAUCAGCAGUUUGACGGUAUUCGUGGCAGACGGCGAGGGUGACGGAGAGAAGACACGCAUAGAUCGUGUGCGAUUGUUCGGCGAGAGCGGUGCGAAGCGGGAGAUGGGCAAGUUGGAGAAGAUUGGCGAUGAGCAGGGCGAGUAG